AGUUUGGAGAAUAAUGUAGAAGGGAUUGAACUGGAUGGAGUUUUUGUUGAUCAUAACGAUCCUUCACCUAAAACCUCAAAGUGUCGGCGGGAGCUGCAGAGCCUGAAGAAAGACCUCAAUGAGGUGGUGGUGUGGAAAAUCAGAUUAUGGAUGGUGAUACUUCUCAUCGUCAGUGCCAUAGUUGUGGUUAUUGCGACCACAGUCGUUGUGUGUGCAGUGGAGGACGACGUGGAUGAGACAUAUGACAGAUCCUCGUUUGUGGUGCCGCGUCUCUUCAGAGGGAACUUUACUCUGGAGAGCAGCAGUAGUUCAGCUUUAGACCAGCAGAUGCUGAUGGAGCAGCUGAAACAGGAGGUCACCGCCGUCUACAAUUCUUCUGCUGCUCUGGAACGCUACUUCAGCGAUGUGACCAUCAGCAGUUUCCAGGACUCCACAGCCCAGUUUGAGCUCCAGUUCAUGAUGCCGCCAGAAAAUGAGGAGCUGGUUCGAUAUACUUUGAGUGUAAAGAUUGUGAAGGGUGUGCUUCAGCAACACUUUUACGAUCAGGACAGCAGAGAACAGCUUAGUGUCAUCCCAACAUCGCUCAGGAUGGAAGCUUUUUAAGCAGAACCUGAACUCCAGGAUCCUGAACAACUGGAUGUUUGAAGUUAAACCACUGGUAGCCCAAUCUAAAAUGAAAACAAUCGACUUGUCACAUUUUAAUUAAAUCCUCUUUCUCUCUGACAAUCAUCUGUUAAUAUUCUUAUAAAAAUAAUUAGUAGUAAUUGUAAUUAUUUCAGCUAACCAUCCAUACUUGUUCAAAACAACUGUUGUUUUAAGUCAGCUAUGUUUUUGUAUGUUGUUAUUAUUAUUAUUACAGUAGAUGGAUGUGGUGCACUGUUUAAUGAUGUUCUCUUCUGUGGUUCUGUUUUCUUAUUGAAUUAACUUCUUUAAUAUUUUAGUCAGGUAAUUAUUUUUUAAA